AUGGGGUCAAUCGAGACUGAAGUGGAGGUGGAAAGAUUCGUGGAAGAGACCAUGGGACUCUCUGACGGAGUGACGGAAGAUUCAGACAUCCUCGGGAGGAAGAUGUCGUGGAAAGAGUUCGAAACGCGCUCUCGCCUGAUCCGAUCGCUGCAGCAGAUGCCGUUUGAAGUACUGAGGAACCUCUGGCAGGCUGCAACCGCCCUGGAAAUCACCCCCAAUGAACUCCUGCAGCCCAACGAGGAGCUCUCUGCCUUCAUUUGCUCUGGGUCGGUUCACCUCAGGAGGUUGAACGAGGCUGCGGCUACGGAUGCGAGCAAACGAGAUUCCGCAUUCUACAUGGCAAAGGGCGAAAGCUUUGACGUGUUCAAGCUGUACAACAUGGGUUUCAAGGCGUAUGGUGGAGAAGGGGGCGCUCUUGUGGUCCUCAUCAACACAAGGAUGUGGAAACUUUACAGGACUAGAAUCCUCACUCAGUACUCAGCGCGGUUGGAAAGGUUCUUGAACGGCGUGCUCAAGUUCCCAGCAAAGAGAGGGUUCCAUCCCUUCAAGCUCCGUCGAGUGCCUGGAGGGACCGUCGUGGUGAAAGAAGGCGACCCACUGGACGCCAUGGUAAGAAAAGCCAGCUCCCUCGUGUCAAAACUGACUUGUGACCGCGUCGUCCUCGCUGCCGUCGCCAUCAGAUCUGGGAGACCGUCAACUCCCGUGAUGCGCUUCGUCAGGAAAGUGGAUCAGUCCGAGGACGUUGGAUCUUCAGUCGCCUUUUUCUCCGAUUCGAAGUCGAAGCUACAAGCAAGCCGAGUGCUCUCUAGCACCCGUAGCAAGCAUGUCGAAGGUUUUCCAAAGUGGCUCUGGACCGUUUGCGUUCCAGCGGAUGAGGAGGAAGCGUAUUUUGUGAUGAUACCCAUGAAGCAAAUCCGAAAUCUUCCUGAAAGGCUCCUCGAGAAACUUGAUCAAGAGGCUUCGGACCGAGUUUCUGUGUGGAUCCGUGCUCUCAAAGCUGCUGCUAUCCGAGACGAGAGCGACCGCCUUCCGUCCUCUCGCAGUCGCUCAUUGAACAUCUCGUCAUCCUCCAUGCCGAAUUCCGCGAGGUACAACGAUUCAGAUGGAGCAAAGCAGGGGAGGGAGCAUGGCGCUGUUUCCUCGCGGUCGGAAAUCAUGAAAACGAAAAAGACUGGUGAGAGGUAUUCGACCCACAAGUCUCCAAGAACAAGAGCACAAAAUCUGUUCUCGCCAGAUCUGGACUCGAGAUCGAUACAUUCUUUCCUCACUCCCCGCACAGAAAAUAUGCUGUUGGUCCAAGGCAGGACGGUGGAAAAGGGCUCCAAAGGCUUACAGUGA